CAAACGGCCGCGGAGCUUGGAUGCGUGUCCGGGUGGCGUGACACGUGUGGGCAGGACACCUCCAGGGGGAACCCCAAAAAAAGCCAACGGGAUUUCUUUUUAAAACUGUGUGACUUUUCUAAUUUAUUUUCAAAGGUAGUUUGGAUCUGAGCACUUAAGUUCUCGUUUCAUUAACCCCCUAAAAGAAGCAAGAUGGGACGCGGAGAAGGUCGGGAGCAAUAUGAGCUGGCGGCCACCUCAGAACAGGGGGGCAAGAAAUCCAAGUCAAAGGGCAGAAAGGACAAGGAUAAAGAUAUGGAUGAACUCAAAAAGGAAGUUGACUUGGAUGAUCACAAGUUGACGCUGGAAGAACUCAACAGGAAGUAUGGCACUGAUCUAACAAGGGGACUGACUACUGCUCGUGCAAAGGAGAUCCUUGCACGUGAUGGACCCAAUGCUCUGACGCCCCCUCCCACGACCCCAGAAUGGGUGAAAUUCUGCAAACAGCUCUUUGGUGGCUUUUCUACUCUACUGUGGAUUGGAGCUUUACUUUGUUUCUUGGCUUAUGGAAUUCUAGCAGCCUCAGAAGAUGAACCAGCAAAUGAUAAUUUGUACCUGGGUAUUGUGCUGUCUGCAGUGGUGAUGAUCACUGGGUGCUUCUCCUACUAUCAAGAGGCUAAAAGCUCAAAGAUCAUGGAUUCCUUCAAGAACCUUGUCCCUCAGCAAGCCUUGGUUGUUCGUGAUGGUGAGAAGAUGAGCAUAAAUGCUGAAGAUGUAGUUGUUGGGGAUCUUGUGGAGGUUAAGGGAGGAGACCGCAUUCCUGCUGAUUUGCGUAUUAUUUCUGCUCAUGGAUGCAAGGUGGAUAACUCCUCCCUGACUGGUGAAUCUGAGCCCCAGACACGAACACCUGACUUCUCCAAUGAAAAUCCCCUAGAGACAAGGAACAUUGCCUUUUUUUCCACCAACUGUGUUGAAGGUACUGCUAGAGGUAUUGUCAUCAACACUGGUGAUCGCACAGUCAUGGGCCGUAUUGCUACUCUUGCCUCUGGUCUUGAAGUUGGCCGAACCCCCAUUUCUAUAGAAAUUGAGCACUUUAUCCACAUUAUCACUGGUGUGGCUGUUUUCCUGGGUGUGUCCUUCUUUAUUCUUUCCCUGAUUCUUGGGUACAGCUGGUUGGAGGCAGUCAUCUUCCUCAUCGGUAUCAUUGUUGCUAAUGUGCCAGAAGGUCUCUUGGCUACUGUAACUGUGUGCCUGACUUUAACUGCCAAACGUAUGGCAAAGAAGAACUGCCUUGUGAAGAAUCUUGAAGCUGUUGAGACCCUUGGCUCCACCUCAACCAUCUGUUCAGACAAGACCGGAACCCUGACCCAGAACCGUAUGACUGUAGCUCACAUGUGGUUUGACAACCAGAUUCAUGAAGCCGACACCACAGAGAACCAGAGUGGAACCUCUUUUGACAGAAGCUCUGCCACUUGGGCUGGUCUGGCUCGAAUUGCAGGCCUGUGCAACCGUGCUGUCUUCCUUGCUGACCAAGACAACGUUCCAAUUCUCAAGAGGGAUACAGCUGGUGAUGCCUCAGAGUCUGCCCUACUGAAGUGUAUUGAGCUCUGCUGUGGUUCAGUGAAGGACAUGAGAAACAAAUACACAAAGAUUGCUGAGAUCCCCUUCAACUCCACCAACAAAUACCAGUUGUCCAUCCACAAGAACACCAACGAAGGAGAGAGCAAGCACUUGCUAGUAAUGAAAGGAGCUCCUGAGAGGAUCCUUGACCGGUGCUCAACUAUUAUGCUUCAGGGAAAAGAACAGCCCCUAGAUGAUGAGAUGAAGGAUGCUUUCCAGAAUGCUUACUUGGAACUGGGUGGCCUAGGAGAGCGAGUGCUGGGUUUCUGUCACUACAGCCUUCCUGAUGAUCAGUACCCUGAGGACUUCCAGUUUGACACAGACGAUGUGAACUUUCCAACUGAGAACUUGUGCUUUGUUGGCCUCAUGUCUAUGAUUGAUCCACCACGUGCUGCUGUGCCUGAUGCUGUUGGCAAGUGCAGAAGUGCUGGAAUCAAGGUUAUCAUGGUCACUGGUGAUCAUCCAAUUACAGCAAAGGCCAUUGCUAAGGGUGUGGGUAUCAUCUCUGAGGGCAACGAGACUGUAGAGGACAUUGCUGCUCGUUUGAACAUUCCUAUCAAUGAAGUCAACCCCAGAGAUGCCAAGGCUUGUGUGGUCCAUGGUGGUGAUUUGAAGGACCUGACCCCUGAACAACUGGAUGAUGUCUUGAAACAUCACACGGAGAUUGUGUUUGCAAGAACAUCUCCCCAACAAAAGCUGAUUAUUGUUGAAGGCUGUCAGCGCCAGGGUGCCAUUGUGGCUGUGACUGGUGAUGGAGUGAAUGAUUCUCCUGCACUAAAGAAGGCUGACAUUGGUGUAGCUAUGGGUAUUGCUGGAUCUGAUGUCUCCAAACAAGCUGCUGACAUGAUCCUCCUGGAUGACAACUUUGCCUCAAUUGUUACUGGAGUGGAGGAAGGCCGCCUAAUCUUUGACAACUUGAAGAAAUCAAUUGCGUACACCUUGACGAGUAACAUUCCUGAGAUCACUCCUUUCCUCUUCUUUAUUAUUGCAAAUAUCCCUCUUCCUCUGGGCACAGUCACCAUCCUCUGUAUUGAUCUUGGCACGGACAUGGUUCCUGCUAUCUCCUUGGCUUAUGAAGCUGCUGAGAGUGACAUUAUGAAGAGGCAGCCCAGAAACCCCAAAACAGACAAGCUAGUAAAUGAAAGGCUGAUUAGCAUGGCCUAUGGACAGAUUGGUAUGAUUCAGGCCCUUGCUGGCUUCUUUACCUACUUUGUCAUUCUGGCUGAGAAUGGAUUUUUGCCAUCCGAAUUACUGGGUAUACGUGUGUUUUGGGAUGACAAGCAUAUGAAUGACCUGGAAGACAGCUACGGUCAGCAGUGGACAUAUGAGCAGAGGAAGAUUGUGGAGUUCACAUGCCACACUGCUUUCUUUAUCAGUAUUGUAAUUGUGCAAUGGGCUGACUUGAUUAUCUGUAAGACCAGGAGGAAUUCAGUCUUCCAGCAAGGGAUGAAGAACAAAAUUCUCAUCUUUGGCCUGUUUGAGGAGACGGCCCUUGCCGCCUUUCUGUCCUACUGCCCAGGCAUGGACGUUGCCCUCAGAAUGUACCCCCUCAAACCAAAUUGGUGGUUCUGCGCAUUCCCCUAUUCACUUCUCAUCUUUAUUUAUGAUGAAAUCCGGAAACUUAUCAUCCGGCGCAGUCCAGGAGGUUGGGUGGAGAGAGAGACCUACUACUAAAGCAUCCAGACGACAUCACACACAUUUUUUGCAUGGCUGUCUUGCUGCUUGGAAUUUUAACCUCAGUAAAUUGGAUUUUUUUUUUUUUUAUAUAUAUAUAUAUAUAUUUUAGGGAAUGCUUGACACAAACACUGAGAUCGUGAAUCAAGACAUUGCGUGCCUUGUUUCUGAAGCCGGACCAAUUUUAUACAUGUUUUUAAAAGUGUAAUGUUAAUAAACUCUCAGUCAGGUCCCACAUUUGGAGUCAUUUGAAUGUUCUGUUUUUGUUUUUGUGGGUUUAUUUUUUUUUUUUUUUGUUUUUUUGUUUUUCUUUAACACAUUUGGAACAAAAUGAGAUUGCCGUUGUUCUCUGGUACACUUGACACUGUCAGUUGACCAGGAGACUUGCUUCACAUGGCAUUAAAAAGUGAUUAAACUCAUUACACCUGCUCACUUCCACUUCAACUGAACAAGUGACCAUUUCAGUGACCUUUCUGAGCCCAUUUCUACAGCCUCAGUUUCUGAAAGGAGGGCAAAGCUGUUUUUAUAAAGAGGAAUUUGUUUAGUUGUGAGAGAGGACCCGUUUUUAAACAGCAAAAUCAACAACCUGGAGGAGGAAAGCAGAACCCAAUACUUCUGUCUGUUCCAGCAUCGGUAAACAACUCCCACAUAAUUGUUGUAGAGCGUGAUGAAAUUUUUCAUUCAAGCAGCAUGGGAUUGAGAGAAAGCAUGUAGUUUAAGCCUGGAUGAACAUGGCUCCCUAGGAGUUAGGUCUGUUUCUGCUCAGUAGUCUUACACUGGCAGCAAAAGCUGCUCCGUCAUGUUUUGAAGCUGAGGCUGUUGAAAAUCCAUGCUUUUCUGUUCUUUUUUUUUUUUUUUUAAUUAUUAUUAUUUUCUACAUCAUAACAAUAAUCCUGGCUAUUCUUAAGGGAGUUUGACCCCGGCAACCAAAUGUUUAGUUUCAUGUAAUUAUGCAAGACAUGCCAUUAAAGCACCAGGGCACAAAUGUUGUGUGUUUUUGAGAAUCCUACACCUCUUACACCCUUGCUGAAAACUGUUUUUCCGUUGUAUUACAAGGUUGUUCAAUUUGUGUACAAGGUUUUAAAUGAACUUUACCUUUUUUAUCUUUUACAUUUUCAAUUAACAUGCUCCAAAAAUGACUGCCAUCAUUUUCAAAGUUUGAGCCAAUAGCUAUUCAACUAGCCAAAUUUGCACCCCAGUUACUGGAAAAUUUAUAAUGGCAAAAUAAAUCUGCAAUUCAUAAAUGCCAUUGAAACUGCAUGAAUAUUGAGUUAUGCUGAUUUACAGUGUGGAUUAGGCACCAUUUUUGAAUUCUCAGUUAUGCUGUGUGUUAAGUUAAACUUUCUCACAGUGACCUAUCAAUUUAGUAUUGCUCGUUUAUUUGUUUUUCCUAGUGGAUUUUGAGGGAUCAGUAUAGGCACCACAGCUCAUUUACAGCUGGUCACUCGGCAGAUUAAGCAUGAAGCCAUUUCCCGAUUGCUUUUGCCUGAAGUAUGAAACCAAGAAAGAGAAAAUAUGUGUAAUUUGUAUACAAAACCAUGUAUGUCGUGUGCAUGAUUUUGCAUGACUUUCAGAGAACUAUACAUCUGAAAUGCUGACUGAUGCUGUUCCUGUAUGACCUGGUCCUUUGACAAGGGCCUGGUGGCCCAGCAUUCGUUAAUUGUGGCGAGAGAAUGCAGAACAAAUUCUAUCCCGACAGAAUUUCUCCUUUAUUACAGCAACUGGCUCCAGUGCUGAGUGACCUCAUGAGCAGACAAGAGAAAAUCGCUGACACCAGGUCACUUUUGGAUGUCAUCAAUUUUGCCUAAUUUGGGCUUGAACACUUCAUGAAAUGCAGGAAAAACGAGCUUGCCAAUUGUUGUUGUCUGUUUAUGACCUAUUGGACAUGUAAACCAUUACUGUAAAUGCAUUCCCCAUGUGAAUGAAGACUGUUAAUGAAACCAAUAAUAAAAAAAAAAUUUAAAAACGCA